AUGGGAUCACUCUGCAGUAGAGAGCGACGUAACCAUCAAUCUGAUGUUGAAGAGAAGUCACGGACUGCAAAAAUAGAAAGGCGAAUUGAGCAAGAAACAAAGGCAGAGAAGCAUAUUCAGAAACUUGUACUGCUUGGUGCUGGAGAUUCAGGGAAGUCAACCAUUUUCAAGCAGAUAAAACUUUUGUUUCAGAGUGGUUUUGACGAGGAAGAGCUAAAGGGAUACAUACCGAUCAUCCAUGCCAAUGUUUUUCAAACAAUAAAAAUAUUACAUGAUGGAUCAAAGGACUUGUCUCAAACUGAAGCAGAUUCCUUGAAGUAUGUUAUGUCUGAUCAAAAUAAGGAGAUUGGGGAGAAACUUUCAGAGAUAUGUGAUAGGUUGGAAUAUCCGCAUCUCACUAAAGAGUUAGCACAAGAGAUUGAAGCUUUUUGGAGAGACGAUUCAAUUCAGGAAACAUAUUCACGUGGAAAUGAGCUUCAAAUACCUGAUUGUGCCCAUUAUUUUAUGGAAAAUUUGCAAAGAUUGUCUGAUAGAAAUUAUAUUCCUACAAAGGAAGAUAUUCUUAUUGCCCGGGUUCGGACAACUGGCGUUACAGAAAUCCAGUUUAGCCCAAUUGGAGAGAACCAAAAAGGUGAAGCAUAUCAACUCUUUGAUGUUGGAGGUCAGAGAAAUGAGAGAAGAAAGUGGAUUCAUCUAUUUGACGGUGUUACUGCUGUGAUAUUUUGUGCAGCUAUAAGCGAGUAUGAUCAAACACUGUUUGAGGAUGAUAACAAAAAUCGACUGAUGGAGACCAAGGAACUCUUCGAAUGGGUCCUGAAGCAACCAUGCUUCAAGAAAACUUCUUUCAUCCUAUUUCUCAACAAAUUUGAUUUAUUUGAGAAGAAGGUUCUCAAAGUACCGCUGAACGUUUGUGAGUGGUUCAAGGAUUACCAGCCAGAUUCAACCGGAAAACAAGAAAUUGAGCAUGCCUAUGAGUUUGUGAAGAAGAAAUUCGAGGAGUUAUAUAUUCAGAGCACUGCCCCCGAUUGUUCUGACCGAAUCUUGAAGAUCUAUAGAACCACUGCCCUUGAUCAGAAUCUUGUAAAGGAAACAUUUAAACUGGCAUCUGAUCGUCCAUUUAAUCUGCCCUUUAAGCAUUUCCAUCCCUUAAUUUUCAGGUAUUCAAAUAUUCUCUGGAUCGACCUAAAUGAUAGAGAGUGGAACUUAUGGUGGUUCUGGUGGGUUUUCAAUGGAUCCACUUGUGCCACAUGUUUCUGGGGAUUGGCUCUUACAUGUGCCCUACUGUUAUGGUUUGCUAGUGGUUCGAAUUCCCAUAUCAACAACAAAAUAUCUGGUGAUCAUAUUGGUUCUAGUUCAAGCUGUAAAGCUUCAAGACAAGUGAAGCACGUUUAUUCUAAUAAGUGUGAUUUCUCGGGGAUCUUCUGGAAGUCAGGAUAUAAAGGUAUAUCUGCUGUCCCAGUAGCAUUUGGUAAGAUAUCAAGGUUCACUCUGAAGCAACUGAUUAAAGAAGCUGAACGACUUCAAUCACUUCCAGUGCUUUCAUUAGCUUCUGCACUGGUACCACCGUUAACUAAUUUCUCUUCAAAUGGACUAGCUAUUCCACUGGAGACUGCUUCUUUAGAAACACAAAGAUGCAUGGAUGAUAGAAGGCCCUGCGAGGUUGAAACGGGCUGCGGACCGUGUGGUGAAAUUUAUCUCCAGAAUUUAGAUUGGUCUAGGAAUGCAGUUGAGCCCAGAACUGGCAUUCAGUUUCCUACUCUGUUGGACAACAUAAUAACUGGAGAAAAUGCCAGUUUUACUCCAGAGGUCCUUGUCGGAACUGGAUCGAGGACUAUGACGAUAAUCAGAAUCAAAUCUCUGAAACUCUAUGCAUUUGGUUUUUAUGUUCAUCCUUCCGACGUCUGUGAGAAAUUGGGCCCUAAGUAUGCCUGCAUUCCGGAAUAUGAGUUGAAUAAACGCCAAGAUUUUUAUCAGGAUCUUCUAAGAGAGGAUAUUAACAUGACUGUUAGGCUCGUGGUUAGUUGCAACGGAAUCAAAAUUAGUGCCGUGAGAGAUGCUUUUGAGAAGUCUCUUCGAGCCCGAUUAAUUAGAACAAAUCCUGAUGCUGACCAUCACUGCUUGCACACAUUUGGUUCCAUAUUCUCGCAAGAUAUUCCCUUACACGUGGGAACGACGAUCAAUUUCCAUCGUACAGCUGAUGGAAAACUAAUUACCGAAGUUGGAGGAAAUCAACUUGGAGCCGUCCAGAGCAAGGAUUUAUGCAGGGCUUUCUUUGACAUGUACAUUGGUGAUGUUCCUGUGUGUGAGCAAACGAAAGAAGAGAUAGGCAAAAAUGUGGCGAGUAUCAUUGGGACAUGCUAA